AUGAAACUUCAACGACAAAGCCAUCUUCUAGCCUACUGGUUGUCCUCGCUUUCUGUCACUACGGCACAGUUCCAAGGCUUUAAUCCCUUCGGAAAUGAUGAGCUCACAUACACGAUUCGUAUCCCUCAAGGCACAGCAAACUCUAGCAUGGGGCCCAUAUACUUCCAGAUGAACUCUACACGCCCCGUAGAGUGGUUUGCGUUGGGACAAGGAGCGGCCAUGCACGGCUCGAGUAUGUUCGUGGUAUAUACUUCGGACGGCAACGUUACUCUCUCCCCACGAGCGGGCACGGGACAUUAUGAGCCGUUGUACGACAAGCAUUCGCAAGCCUCACUGAUUUCUGUGAGCGGGGUACACGAUGGAGUCAUCACUGCCAAUGUUAGGUGUGACGGUUGCAGCUUUUCCGGCGGUGGCACGGUGAAUCUGUCCGACAGUUUCAGUCCCUGGAUUUGGGCGAUCAAGUAUGGGGCCUCGCUGAAGACUAAAAGUGUGAACGCGAGAAUUGCAGAGCAUGAUGUCUUUGGUACAUUCUUCGUUAAUAACACCAAAGCAACGGGACCGGACAGUGAUAAUCCAUUUGUCGACUUGGAUAGAACCUCGAUUACGAGGGCCUUUCCGGAGGUCUUUGACCAUGAAGGUUUUAAAAGAAAGAGGACUGCCCACGCGGUUUUGAUGAUAGUCGCAUUUGUCUUACUAUUUCCUCUAUCUGCAUUAGCACUUCAUAUCUGGCCGUCCUCCCAAAUCGUCAGGAUCCAUGCUACUCUGCAGCUCUUUACGCUUGCGGUGACAGUUGCUGGCUUUGGACUCGGAGUCGCUAUGGCCAAGGAUGUUCAUCUUUUGAAGCAUCAUCAUGCGAUUAUUGGCAUCGUGGUCGUGGCAUGCCUGGCUCUCUUCCAGCCUGGGAUGGGCCUUUUACAACACCGGUAUUUCCGGAAGACGGGCCGCAAGGGUCCGUUUGCCUAUUUACAUCGGUGGUUUGGCAGGAUCAUGAUCAUCCUCGGGGUGGUGAAUGUGGGCCUGGGAUUCGAGAUUACCGGGAUUGGUUCAUCCGAUGUACCCAAAGGUGCGGUUAUUGCCUAUGGAACGGUAGCAGGAGUGAUUGCAAUAGUCUACAUGGUGAUUGUCAGCUUAGCUAGGCGACGGGCCGCAUCGGAUUGA